AAUACUCUUCUAAGAUAAGAGAAGAGAAGUGAAGUGAAGUGAAGUGAAGCACAUCCAUAUUCAUAUCCACCAUCGAAGAAUAGACAGAGAGAAUAGAGAUUAACAUAGUAGAGAGAAGAAGACAAUGUCUUCUCUUUCUCAUUCUCAUUCUCAUUCUGGCAUUAUUCCCCAAAUUACCCUCACAACAAUACUCUAUUUCCUCCUCCUAUCCCCACCGCCCUCCCUCUCUCUCAACAUCACCGCCCUCCUCUCCACCUUUCCUGACUUAUCACAAUUCACCGCACUCCUCUCCUCCGCCACUCCCCUCGCCGCCGAUCUCUCCGACCGAACCUCCCUCUCCCUCCUCGUCGUCCCUAACUCCUUCCUCUCCUCCGACGACCACAUCUCCCGCCACCACCUCUCCCCCUCCGCCCUCGCCGACGUCCUCCGCUACCACGUCCUCCUCCAAUUCCUCUCAUGGUCCGACCUCCGCUCCCUCCCUCCCUCCGGCAAGCUCGUCACCACACUCUUCCAAACCACCGGCCGCGCCACUGACAACUUCGGUUCCGUUAACAUCACCCGCGACCCUCAAUCCGGCGUCGUUUCGAUCCGCUCCCCUGCGCCCUAUUCCCCUUCAAACGCCACCGUUUUGGGACUCGUCAAAACCCUACCCUACAAUGUCACCAUCUUCUCCGUCAAUUCCCUCCUUAUCCCUUACGGUUUCGAUCUCAUGGCCUCCGAAACUCGCCCCAACUUAGUUCUCAACAUCACCAAAGCCCUAAUCGACGGUCACAACUUCAACGUCGCGGCGUCGAUGCUCUCUGCCUCCGGCGUCGUCCAGGAGUUCGAGGCCGACGAGGGCGGUGCCGGAAUCACCAUGUUCGUCCCUGUCGACGACGCAUUCGCCGAUCUGCCACCCUCCGUCAGCCUCCAGUCCCUGCCGGCGGACAAGAAGGCGGUAGUGCUCAAAUUCCACGUCCUCCAUUCCUACUACCCUCUCGGUUCCCUUGAAUCCGUGGUGAACCCCUUGCAACCCACGCUCGCCACCGAGGCCAUGGGUGCUGGAAGCUUCACCCUCAACAUUUCCAGGGUCAAUGGCUCCGUCGCCAUCAACACUGGGAUCGUUCAGGCCUCUGUUACUCAGACAGUGUUCGAUCAGAACCCCGUUGCAAUUUUCGGUGUUUCCAAGGUUUUGUUGCCCAGAGAGAUAUUUGGGAGGAAUCCAAUUGUGGCUGCCAAAGGGGGAUCUCCCCAGGACGGUGCUGCUCCGCCGCCAGAUGAUGAUGCCCUUUCGCCGGAUAAUUCGCCGGGGAUCAAUGGCCAACCGUCACACCUUUCGUCCCCGCCGGGGUUUCGCCAAGAUAUGCGCUCUGACGCUGCUGUGUUGCCCGAGUGAUCUUAUGCUGAUUGAG